GGCGCAGGGACCCCGCGGGCGGCUGGGGCUUCCGCGGUGCCCGCCUCCGCUCCCUCCCCUCCGGCACUCGGGGCGGGCGGCCGGCGCCGCCUCCCGGGAAGAUGGCGCUGCACUUCCAGAGCUUGGCUGAAUUGGAAGUGCUAUGUACUCAUCUCUACAUAGGGACUGAUCUUACACAAAGAAUAGAGGCUGAGAAAGCACUGCUGGAACUUAUUGACAGCCCAGAAUGUCUCAGCAAAUGUCAACUUUUAUUAGAACAAGGAACAACAUCCUAUGCUCAGCUCCUUGCAGCAACAUGUCUUUCAAAACUUGUUAGCCGAGUCAGUCCUUUGCCAGUUGAACAGAGGGUAGAUAUCAGAAACUACAUUCUUAAUUAUGUGGCGUCACAACCCAAGCUGGUACCCUUUGUUAUCCAAGCUCUAAUUCAAGUCAUUGCUAAAAUCACUAAGCUGGGAUGGUUUGAGGUUCAGAAAGACCAGUUUGUCUUCAGAGAAAUUAUUGCUGAUGUGAAGAAGUUCCUUCAGGGUACUGUGGAGCACUGCAUAAUAGGAGUAAUAAUCCUUUCCGAGUUGACUCAGGAAAUGAACCUGGUUGAUUAUUCUAGACCUUCAGCAAAACACAGGAAAAUAGCUACCUCAUUUCGUGACAGUUCUCUCAAAGACAUUUUAGUGCUAGCAUGCUCUCUUCUAAAAGAGGUGUUGGCCAAACCUUUAAAUCUUCAGGAUGAAGGUCAACAAAAUCUAGUAAUGCAGGUCUUGAAACUGGUCCUCAACUGCCUUAACUUUGACUUCAUUGGCAGUUCAGCAGACGAAUCUGCAGAUGAUCUUUGCACAGUGCAGAUUCCAACAACCUGGAGAACAAUUUUCCUGGAACCAGAAACAUUGGAUCUUUUCUUCAGUUUAUAUCAUUCACUUCCACCACUACUAUCUCAGUUAGCACUUUCAUGUUUAGUUCAGUUUGCUUCUACAAGAAGGUCCUUAUUUAGCAGUCCUGAACGUGCCAAGUACCUUGGUAAUUUAAUUAAGGGAGUAAAAAGGAUACUUGAAAACCCUCAGGGUUUGUCUGAUCCAGGUAAUUAUCAUGAAUUUUGCCGAUUUUUGGCUCGUUUAAAGACAAAUUAUCAGCUGGGAGAAUUAGUUAUGGUGAAGGAAUAUCCUGAAGUUAUCAGAUUGAUUGCUAACUUUACCAUUACUAGCCUACAGCAUUGGGAAUUUGCUCCCAACAGUGUUCAUUAUUUAUUAACUCUGUGGCAAAGGAUGGUAGCAUCAGUGCCUUUUGUGAAAUCAACUGAACCCCACUUAUUAGACACUUAUGCACCAGAAAUCACGAAGGCCUUUAUCACGUCUCGGUUGGAAUCUGUUGCCAUAGUUGUGAGAGAUAAUUUAGAUGAUCCACUGGAUGAUACUGCUACUGUGUUUCAGCAGCUGGAGCAGUUGUGCACUGUCAGCAGAUGUGAAUAUGAAAAGACGUGCACUCUUCUUGUACAGUUGUUUGACCAAAAUGCUCAGAAUUACCAAAAGCUUCUACAUUCACCUUCUGGGAUAACUGUGGAUAAGGCAAUUCAGGAAGGACGUCUUGCGUGGCUGGUAUACUUAGUUGGGACAGUUGUUGGAGGAAGGUUAACAUAUACCAGUACAGAUGAACAUGAUGCUAUGGAUGGAGAAUUAUCCUGCCGAGUUUUUCAGCUUAUAUCUUUAAUGGAUACCGGAUUGCCUCAGCGUUCUAAUGAGAAAAUAGAGCUUGCAAUUCUGUGGUUCUUGGAUCAGUUUCGGAAAACGUAUGUUGGCGAUCAACUUCAAAGAACCUCAAAGGUAUAUGCCCGUAUGUCCGAAGUUUUAGGAAUAACAGAUGACAACCAUGUUCUAGAAACAUUCAUGACGAAAAUUGUUACAAAUCUUAAAUACUGGGGAAGAUGCGAGCCCGUGAUUUCAAGGACUCUUCAGUUCCUAAAUGAUCUUUCUGUUGGCUAUAUCCUUUUAAAAAAACUUGUGAAGAUAGAUGCCGUGAAGUUCAUGCUAAAAAACCACACGAGUGAACACUUUCCCUUCCUUGGAAUCAGUGACAGUUACAGUCUCAGUGACUUCAGGUGCCGAACCACUUUCUACACUGCCCUCACUCGCCUUCUGAUGGUAGAUCUAGGCGAAGAUGAAGACGAAUUUGAGAAUUUCAUGCUGCCUCUUACAGUCUCUUUUGAAACAGUAUUACAAAUAUUCAACAACAACUUUAAACAAGAAGAUGUAAAGCGUAUGUUGAUCGGGCUGGCAAGAGAUCUUCGAGGGAUUGCCUUUGCACUGAACACAAAGACCAGCUACACCAUGCUGUUUGACUGGAUGUACCCCACAUAUCUUCCCAUUCUUCAGACGACGAUUGAGCGGUGGUAUGGAGAGCCAGCAUGUACCACUCCCAUCUUAAAACUUAUGGCAGAACUGAUGCAAAAUAGAUCCCAGCGUUUGAAUUUUGAUGUAUCAUCUCCUAAUGGAAUUCUUCUCUUCAGAGAAGCUAGUAAAAUGAUUUGCACUUAUGGUAAUCAGAUCCUGUCCCUUGGGAGCCUCUCAAAAGAUCAGAUUUAUCCAAUGAAACUCAAGGGCAUCUCCAUCUGCUAUUCAGCUCUCAAAUCUGCCUUGUGUGGAAAUUAUGUCAGCUUUGGCGUCUUCAAGUUGUAUGGGGACAACCAUUUUGACAAUGUACUCCAGGCCUUUGUCAAAAUGCUGCUGUCAGUGUGCCACAGUGACUUGCUACAAUAUCGGAAACUGAGCCAGUCUUACUAUCCACUCCUGGAAUGUCUUACCCAGGACCACAUGAGCUUCAUCACCAACUUGGAGCCUCCUGUACUUCUCUAUGUUCUCACAUCUAUCUCAGAGGGACUCACUACCCUUGAUACAGUUGUCUCCUCCAGCUGCUGUACCAGUUUAGACUACAUCGUCACCUACCUCUUCAAGCACAUAGCAAAAGAGGGCAAGAAGCCACUUCGAUGCGGAGAGGCUACCCAGGCCGGUCAGAGACUAUUACAUUUUAUGCAGCAAAAUCCAGAUGUCCUACAGCAGAUGAUGUCUGUCCUCAUGAACACCAUUGUCUUUGAAGACUGUCGGAACCAGUGGUCAGUAUCCAGGCCUCUCCUGGGGCUCAUCCUGCUCAACGAGAAGUAUUUCAGUGAACUGAGGGCAAGCCUGAUAAACAGCCAGCCUGUCCCCAAGCAGGAGGUCCUUGCCCAGUGCUUCAGGAACCUGAUGGAAGGAGUGGAGCAGAACCUGUCCAUCAAGAACAGAGACAGGUUCACCCAGAACCUGUCCGUCUUCAGAAGAGACGUGGCAGAGGCCCUGCGCAGUGACGGCAGCACCGAGCCGUGCAGUCUGGACAUGAUGAGCUGACCGCCUCCCCCGACCAUGUGCCGAGCAGCCUUUACCGAGAGACUCUUGUGCGUCUGGGUCCCAGGACAGUGAUGUUGGCUAGCCCAGGAGAAUCUAUUUUUCAAAACAAACAACAACAAAAUCCCUACCUUUUUAUAAGUCUGGCCUAAUUAUAAGAAUUUAUAAUAGUGCACAAUGUAAAUUCAGUCUUUGCUCUGAGAAAGCAAAAGAUGGGUUUUCAGUCUUUCUAUAAAAUACCAUUAUCUUUGUUCUUAUAAUGCUCUGAAAGGGUGUAGAAACAAUAUUUAACCAAAGAACUUAAUAAACCAAGUUUGAACCUAAGUCUGUACUAGUUAAUGGUACUCUGUAAUCAAGGUGGUGAAUGUCUUGGAGCUACAGCCUUCAACGUGGAUCCUGAGUUGAGACAAAUACCAUUUGAACCCGUUAAAUUAGUAGUUUGUUACGAGUCUGGAAGAGGCAGCAUUGGGGUCUCUGAGCUGUGGGCCUUUAGAACGAGCCUGGGAGCACUCCAGAGCAUCCCACAGGACUGCGCACAGCCCUCCUGGCCUCAGCAGCAUCUGAUAAAGUUGAGAGACAGUAACACAAUUAAAUGACUUACAAACAACGUUUGCUUUUCACUGGCAUAAAUCUGAAGUGGUUCAGUCUAGAAGGAUUAAGCCAUGCAGUUACUGGCUGCAGAGCUAUUCCCUCCGAAGGCGUCGGGCAGCCCUGCAAGAGGCACUGGGUGGGGCGACACCCAGUCCUUCCGCCUCCAUCUAUCAAGGUGCCUAGUUAUGAUAUAUAUUCGAAGUGGCCCUGCCUCCUGGGGCCACACAAAACAGUGCUAGGUGCUAAAGUUCAGAUUUUCAGAGGACGAAGAACAGCUGGUUUCCAUCCCUUCACAAAAACUCUUACUACCGUGGGGGUUGCAACUUAACCCAAACCCCAGGACAUGAAUGAAGGAGCCCUUUCCAGUUUGUGGUAGACUGUAACUAGGCUAUUAAUUUGAGACUGCCCCUGUCAUAUGGCUUUUGUAUCUUACUGCUCUGUCCUCAUGGUUCAGGCUUGUAGUAAAUAUUGUGCCCUUUAUUGCUAAUAAGACAUGAAAGGUUGGCCUGACUGGUGAAGAAGAAGUAAAUCCACAGGCUCCUGUUAUAAUC